UUUUGCUCCUCCCUCGCACCCGCCAGCCCUAUUCCGCCACCGCCAUUCUUCAAUUGAAAUUCCUCUUUCUUUUUCUUGUUCCCUUGCCAUUGACGAUCAAAGGUUAAACAUCAGACACCGUUAAACGAAUACUUGGAACUGCAAGAGUCUGGAAAUUGUUCAUCUGAAGUAUUGAGAAUUCCAGUGAUGACUCUAAUCAUAACUUGGCUCAGGUGCAACACUACCUUCACUCCACACCAACCGGCACCAUGCCUUCCCCACCCCUCAAUGCGUGUCCGUGAGUUGAUUUGGUAAACAGAGGAAAACAUGGUAGUCUAUUUCAACUUGAUCGAGUCUAUUUUCACCAUAUUGGCGUGGGUUUUGACUUCUAUAUACCGUUCUGGUCUUUGGAUUACCUUCUAUAUAUUUUUGCUACAAAAUUGAUGAGCAAUUGUUUCCUUCCUUAGGAUUCUGGAAUUUGGUUUCUCUUGGGGGACAAGGAAAACUCUACAGGACAUAUUGAGAUAAAUGCUUCAACAGUUUCCAGCAGCAGCUUUUGCUCCAUGGAGUCCUUCAAUUAAGGGUGCUUUUCUUGGCACCACAGAGCGUAAGAUGCACCAACUACCGGUUUCAAUGUUGUAUUUUUAUGGGUCAAAGUUUGGCCAUUUAUAUGAGGAUGCCUGUGCCACAGGUAGACCUAGUAUCUUCUUUUGCGCUGAAAGGAGACAGGCUAGAGUAGGUUACAACAAAAAGAAACAUGAUGCAGUACCUCAAAAUAUGGAUCUUCCUCCAAUACUGCCCAAGAAAAAGAAGAAACCCUAUCCCAUACCUCUAAAGAAGAUUCAGGAGGCUGCCAGAGCUGAUAAGAAGCUUGCCGAAAAGGGAAUAGAGAAGCCUCUUGAGCCUCCUAAAAAUGGACUUCUUGUACCUGAUCUUAUUCCGGUUGCUUAUGAAGUACUUGAUGCUUGGAAAAUAUUAAUUAGAGGACUUGCACAGCUCUUGCACGUUAUUCCCAUCCACGCUUGUAGUGAGUGCUCUGAAAUCCACAUUGCCGAAAGUGGACAUGACAUUCAAGAUUGUUGUGGCCAAACCAGUGGAAGCCGCAGAAGUUUUCACUCAUGGGUGAAGGGUUCUAUUAAUGAUGUACUUAUCCCCAUUGAGUCAUAUCAUAUGUACGAUCCAUUUGGUCGGCGCAUUAAACACGACACUCGAUUUAACUACGAGAGAAUUCCUGCAAUUGUUGAACUCGGCAUCCAAGCUGGUGUUGAGUUACCAGAAUAUCCAUCAAGGAGGAGGACAGAACCCAUUCGAAUGAUUGGGAAGAAAAUAAUCGAUAUUGGUGGAAUUGUUGAGGAACCACCUGGACCUCACAGCUUUGGUUAUUCAGGCUCAUCAAUUGUGGACCUCGACACUCAUCGAGCUCUAGAGCGCGUUCCUCCUCCGGUAGAGUCAGAGGUUCCUACAAUUGCACAAGAGACUAUGAACGCAUACGAGAAAGUAAAAUGGGGCUUGCGGAAGUUAAUGAAGAAGUACACAGUGAAGGCAUGUGGAUACUGCUCGGAGGUUCAUGUGGGUCCCAGGGGCCACAAUGCUAAACUUUGUGGUGAAUUUAAGCACCAAUGGAGAGAUGGAAAGCAUGGCUGGCAAGAUGCCACAGUCGAUGAAGUGUUCCCCCCAAAUUACGUAUGGCAUGUUGAAGAUCCGAAAGGGCCUCCACUGACAAGUGCACUCAAGAGGUUCUAUGGAAAGGCUCCAGCCGUGGUUGAACUGUGUAUGCAGGCGGGUGCUCGAAUACCUUAUAAGUACAGGCCAAUGAUGAGACUUGACAUUGUGGUGCCGGAAAGUGAGGAGGCUCGCUUAAUUGCGUAACAAGGUUUCUCAAGAACCCCCGUCCUUUAAGAUUCUGAGUGAAGUGCGGGCGGAUCGUUGGUUGCCAAGUUUUUCUGUCGAAUUAUCUUUUUAGCCUUUUUAGCUUGAUCUCAGUCCCGGUGAUGAAUCUUGUCGAGCAUUGCACAGGACUAGUUGGAUUCUACAUAAUUAUAAAUUAGAGGUGGAGGAGUUUGUACAUUUUGAUUAGAAGUAGUGAUUUUUCUCUUAAUUGUUAGUGACUGUGUUUUUCUAGAGUUAAUUGUAGUGAUUGUAAUUGAAGUUCAUAUAAAGUUUCAAGUUGAUUACUUACAUAUUAUAAUCAA